AUGGAGAGUCUCUGGGCUAAGGCUUUUGAGAUGAUCCAAGACGACGACGAUCAUUCUCAGCUUCUCGACAAGUUUGAAGCUUAUCUGCAAAAGGAAAAAGAUGUCUCAGCUGAACCUCAUGCGGCUUUGGCAUGGGCUUGUAUCCUGGGCGUUUUACCCAUUCUGGAAAGUAUAUUUCAACAGGACGAAGCUGCAGCAGACGGACUCGGUAAGAUUGUGUUUUUGCUUGUCCGGUACCAAGUUAUCCAGGACACAAUCCUAUCACGUCACUAUGGAGAUGGAAGGCAAACCGACAACAUCCAGCGAUUAACCGCCAAUAUCGAAAGCAAAUUGGUAAGCAUUUAUGCAAAGGUCUAUAUAUACCAAAUUCAAUUUGUGUUGCAAUACGGACGCAGUAAAUGGCGCCGAAAUCUGGGAGGUUUUUUCAAGCCCGAAGACUGGAAACAAAAGUGGAACGAAAUUGAUUCUGCCCGGCAGCUUGUCGACCAAAGCAUCCAGGACCGAGUCUCUGCUAAGACGCUAGACGCAUGGGAGGCAAUAAGAAAUAUCCAAGCAGAAUGUACGGAAACCUUGGAGGUGGUGCACGAUAUCAAGGCUACGAGCCAGGAGAUUCAAAACGAGCAAAUGUCUACCAAGGAGAGGGACUUACUGCUUUCAUUACCCAUUGCUUCAAAUGCUAUCUUUGAUUCGACUGAUGUUCUUGGAGCUGGAAACCCGUGUCUCGAAGGUACUCAAAGGGCCAUUCUUACCGAGAUACAUGAGUGGGCCGGGGAUCCCACAGCCGAAAUGAUAUUUUGGCUUCAUGGCCUCGCCGGAACUGGGAAGUCGACCGUUGCUUUGACUGUUGCAGAUGCCUUAAAACAAAGGAGGUCAUUUACAAAAGGUAUUGACGCACCUGUAAGACCAUUCCUUGGCACCAGCUUCUUUUUCAAGCAGGGCGAUGUUUCAAGAAAUAAUAUCCAGGCCUUCUUUCCUACUAUAGCUGCGUGUCUCGCAGAAGUGUUUCCAGAUUUCAAAACCCUAGUCGCUAAAGCGAUCGAAAAGAACUUAGCAAUCGGAACAAAAGCCCCGCAGCAGCAGCUUGAGACCCUGAUCGCUAAACAUUUCUCGGCCUUGGAUGAGCCUUCACUGGUACCGCUACGAUUGAUCGUUGUUGUGGACGCUCUCGACGAGUGCCUUAUUCAAAGCGAAGCCGUGAAUCUGGUUACCAUGUUAGUUGGGCAGCUGAAAGACCUCCACCGUGUUCAGCUUUGUUUUCUCAUUACCAGCAGAACUGAGAAACACAUUCUGAAUAGCUUUGAGCAGUUGCCUCAAAAUCUUCAUCGCUCGGUGCUUCUCGACAAGAUUAAAGGAUUUGAAGAGGGAGAUAACACCAAAGACGACAUUAUGUUGUAUCUUACCUACACUCUCGCGCAACUCGCAAACAACCACGGUGUGCCAAAAGGCUGUAUAGCUAAAAGCACGAUCAAGGACUUGAGAGAUAAGUCUGACGGUCUAUUCAUCUAUGCGGCAACUGCAUGUCGAUUUUUAGAUGCCGAGGACUUUGAUGAUGAAGAGGCCAGACAAGAGUGUCUCGAUCUGGUUUUAGAAAGCACUCCUGGCAGUGGUGAGCCUGGAGGCAGCGACUCAGACAUGGAUGAAUGGGAAUCCGAGUCUCCUCAGAACAAGAUUGAUGAGAUCUAUCGCAAGGUUUUGUCGUUUCCAGAUCGUGAGAAGAUGUCUCCAAGGACAAAGCAAAGGAUAUACAAUGAUUUAUGUAUGAUCCUUGGCUUUCUCGUGGUCUUAUUCAAACCUGCUGCUAUUCCGGCUUUGAAGAAAUUCCUUCCCUCCCUGGCCCAGAGCCUAGAUCGGCUGUUGAAGAAACUCCACGCCAUCGUCUCCGUCCCUUGGAACGAAUCGGCUCCUCUUGAAUUGGUUCAUCAAUCCUUCCGAGACUUUAUCUUAAGCAGGAGGCGAUCUAAGAAGCUCAACUUUCAAGUUCAGGAAAGCAAAAUGCACAAAGAAGCUUUCGUUCGUUGUCUUGACAUCAUGUCAUCAGAGCUUCACGAGGACAUCUGCGAAUUACGGUUGCCGGGAAUCCAGCAGUCAGAAAUACCACAAGACAGAGUAACAGAGAAGAUCCAGCAACAUUUACGAUACGCGUGUCGAUACUGGGUCGACCAUCUUUCAAAGUUGAGUGACGGGGAUCGACGCAGUGUUGGACUUGUGGAUGGUGGAAAUGUCCUCAAGUUUCUUGAAACUCAUUUCUUACAUUGGCUCGAGGCCAUGGUUCUUGUCGAAGAUACCGCUUCAGCUGUCCCUUUGCUCGAUAAACUACAGCUUCUAGUCCAACCCUCGAAAUGUCCAGAUUUGUCUUCUUCAAUCUCCUAUUUCAAGCACUUCAUACUACUAGGCAACAUAUAUGUUAUCGACGAAACGCCAUUACAGAUAUAUGUAUUUGCAACAACUUUCAGCCUGAGGGAUAGCAAAGCACGGUCACUAUUCGAAGCUCACACGCCUUGUUGGAUUUCACAGCUGCCAAAGGUGGAAGGACAAUGGACUUCAAAAAUUUCUGAUCUGAUUGGACAUUCUGAGAAAAUAAUAUGUGCAGCUUUCUCUCCGGCUUCUGAUCUAGUCCUCACAGUAUCACUUGAUCGAACAGCCAGGCUCUGGGACACGGUCACAGGAGCUCAGCGCUACAUAUUUGAAAAAGCAGAUCCCGGUGCAUAUACCUGUGGUGCCUUCUCAUCGGGUGGGAGGUCUAUUGGACUAGGGACACGUUCUGGAAGGGUUGAGGUAAAGAAGCUCCUUGAUGAAAGGACAGUUCAACUGGGAGUUCAUAAAAAGUGCGUCGAGAAUCUUAACUUCUCACCAAAAAGCAGCGAUAUCUUUGCUUCAACAUCCAAGGAGGGGGACCUCAGAAUAUGGAACGUUGAUAGCAGGUGUGCGGAGCAUAUCUUGCGCAUCUGCGACCCUUAUGGCACGAACGAACCUCCUUCUCCCGAAGAUCUUGACCCCAUGAAGCUUCUUUGUCAGUUUACGACCGAUGGCAGAUUUCUGAUAGUAGCGGGGACUUCUGUCAGUAUGACCAUGUGGAAUGUGGAGAGCGGAGAGUGCAUCAAGGUAUUCGGCGGUGCCGACACAACCUUCGUUAUGGAUCUGAAAAUUUCCCCAGAUGGAAAUAGUGCAAUAAUCCUCCAAACACCUUUGAUCCGGAGGGCUGGGACUGGAUAA